AUGGAAAUCCUAAAGUUUCCACAUCCAUUAGCUAUAAAUGCGAUCGAAGAUGGAGGCUGGAGAUGGAGAUGGAGGCUGAAGCCAAUGGCUAUUGUACCAGUUAAUCUGAAACCUUUCUUGAACAACUUGACUGUGAAGCCUGUGAUUGUGAAGCUCAAGUGGGGAAUGGAGUACAAAGGUUAUCUUGUCUCUGUUGAUUCAUACAUGAACUUGCAGUUGGCCAACUCUGAAGAAUACAUUGAUUGGCAGUUUACUGGUAACCUUGGAGAGAUUCUAAUCAGAUGUAAUAAUGUUCUGUAUUUAUGA